AUGGAGUUUGUUCGUUGGAAAGUUUUGUUCGGUUUUACAGUAUCUGUUUCAAUUUUGGUGCAACUCUGCCCAACCGCCCCUCCCCCUGUCAUUCUGGGUGUGGGAAAUACUGAUGUGUCAUGCUACACAUGCGACAAUGAACCAGACAAUGACCGAUGUAAUGGCGCCCACCUUGGAGAAAACGGCACUUUGACAAAAUGUGAAACUGAGCGUUCCAAUUGCUUCAACACUAUUAAGAUGAAUGCUGGUGGAGAUGGAUACUCACUUUGGAAAGGAUGCAUGGAUUUCGACGAGUGCUACGAUGAAUAUUACAAGAUGGUCGGCGACCCAAUUAAAGGAGCCAAUUGCGUCCGGUAUACUUUUUUCGGCGAUGAUCCGCCACCAGGUGGCGAGGAAUGCUUCUCCUGCUGCUUCGCCUUCGAGGGUGAAUCCCAGACUGGUUGCAACAGUAUUCCCGGUGCACCUUUUAUGCCUUUGCCAGACCCCAACAACUGGGACCCUGCAACUGACAAAUGGUAUGGACACGGUGCUGAUGAGUUCACUUCGCCAGCGCCACCAGGCGGUGCUGAAAUGACAGCCCGCCCUUUGGCGGCAGUAACAGCACUCACUCUCUUCUUUUUAUCCAGCAUGCUCGCCUAACCACCAAUCAGCACAUUAAUUUACGAUUAAAAACAACCUCCAUUGCCUCAUGGAGCUUUCUAAGAGUCCUCCAAAAGUUCAAGCACUUAUCAUUUUUUUUUUUUUUCUCUCUUUUUUUCAACUCACCGCUGACACAAACUGUUUAAUAUUCAUUUUACGUAUUUUCAUUAAAUUUGACACAACAGUUUAGGUAAAGCAUAAUACAUUUCAGCAUCGUAAGUGUUCGUAAUGCAUGUAUAACUAUUCAGACGUUACAAAAAUGUCAUGUAUAAUCAACUUGAAAAUAAAUCGGAAAGAAAUUAGAUGACCAAAAAGACCAGUCAGUUCAUUGCGAAUGUUAUUUUACUCACAUUUUUGACACAAAAGGGUAAAGGGGUAAAUAAUAUAGGAUUUACAUUGUAAGUUUUAAAUAAAACAUUAGCAGACAAUAUUGCAAAACUAUUUGCAAUGAAAUUUAGAGUAAAUUAGUAUUAACAGCAACAUUCAUUGUUGUUAUAUUAUGCAAAAAUGCACAAAACUUUAACAAGACGUACCAAAAAUCCCAUUGGGAAAGUAGUAAAAAUACACAACUUGUUGAUAAUCUGGACCCAAUUUCAUAGCGCUGCUUAAUUUUUCGUGCAUACUGUAGCACAAAAAUUUGCUACGGUGCAAGCGU